CAGGCUUCAAUUAGAACUGAAUUUCAAUGACAGUAUUUGACAGCUGUGAAUAGGAGGUGAAGAGUUAGACAUAAUAUGCUUAACACUUCAAUAGUCAUAAACAAUACAGACACAGUAGAGCCUGACAUGUGGACAUUAGUUGUCUAAGACAUAUUUGGAAAGUUAGAGAUAUCCAGCCUACUUUGAUAACCACCUUUGGAAUAAACCUCUUCUGCAUAUAAAAUGGAUAAGCCAACAAGCAAGAGCAUACAACAAGAUGUUAGUUGUGAGAGUCCAACCAAUGGCUUAUUCCUAGACUUCUGUGUUUCUACAAUCACAGUUGAUCCUACAAGUACCAUUACUGAGACCAACACCUGUGAUGACAAAGUGCCAGAGCCUGCUAUCAAGCUAGAUGAAGAACUUAUAUGCGAGCAACUCAAAGAUGAAAAUAAUCUUAAUACAGCAAGCUGUGACACUGACUCGGGCAUUGUUGAUACUACAAGGAUGGACAAGUCGAUAUCAGAGCUUGAGCUUGAGGCCAAUGAGUCUCUAAUAUGUAACAAGAAAGAGCUACAAGUUGAUGGGGACCUUUCAAAGACAACCAGCAAAGACACCAACUCAGAUUAUAAUCAAAACACGCUUGGAUUCAAACAUGAAUCUGACAUUAACAGAGAAAACAAGAUCACUGAAUCUGACUAUCCAAAGGUACAUAACAAAGAACCAAUAUGUAAUGAGAUUGACGGUUCACUUCAAAGUGUUAGUGAUGAUGAAAACCAUGAAUUGAUAGCCCAUCAACAGACUGAUACAGAAGAGCUGGUGAAGGUUACAAGUCCUGGCCCAAAACCACUCAUGCAAGAGAAAAACAAUAUAGCACAUGCAAACAGUGACCAACAUGGAUUAAUGAAAAAUCAGAAUAACAAUGAAAAUUCUUGUUUAACAGGUGAUGUGGUUAUUCCUGAAAGCUGCAGGGAUAUCAAAAUCAAGAAAUCUGCUGUAUCACUAUGUCGACUACCCAUGGGGAAUGGAAUGGUAUGCACUGAGAAAGUACUCAAGAUGACAUGCAAAUCGAUAAAAAGGCAAAAUUGUAAACCUAAAAUAAAAACACAUUCAUACUCUGAACUUUCUAAAAUAUCAAUAAAUAGUGAUACUCUGAAACAUAAGAAUAAGAAUUUGAAUGGGAGGAGGAAGCCUUUCAAAUGCAAAGUUUGCUCCAAAUCGUAUGUUAAAAAAGCAUAUCUUACAAGACAUAUGGGUAUUCAUUCUAAUGAAAAAAGUACAAGACAUAUGGGCAUUCAUUCUAAUGAAAAAAGUACACGACAUAUGGGCAUUCAUUCUAAUGAAAAAAGAAGAUUCAAAUGUGAUGUGUGUCCAAAAACAUUUAAAGCAAAAAAUAACCUCGUUACACACAGGCGUAUUCACACUGGUGAGAAGCCAUUCAAAUGUUCAAUAUGUGAUAAGUCAUUUAGUCAAAGUCCUGCCCUUCAGACACACAUCCGUAUCCACACUGGGGAAACACCAUUCAAAUGUAAAUUCUGCCCUAAGGCAUUUGGAAACAAAGCUAAUUUCGACACUCAUUGCCGAAUUCAUACUGGUGAAAAACCUCAUAAAUGUGAAUUUUGUUCUAAAGCAUUCACUGAUAGGUCUAGCUAUAUGAGGCAUUAUCGUAUCCAUACUGGAGUGAAAUACAAGUGUGAAAUCUGUUUGAAACUAUUCAGUGAUACUUCAAGUCUUUGGAGACAUAAGAAAAUCCACACUGGAUUAAAGCCAUAUAAAUGUGCGUUCUGUUCCAAAACAUUUUUUGAAAGGGGAGGUCUAGGAUCACAUUUACGAACCCAUACUGGAGAAAAACCUUUCAAAUGUUUUAUUUGCUCCAAGGCAUUCCAUAGUCUUGGACCACUUCAGGGGCAUAUUCAAACACACACUAGAGAGAAACCAUUUAAAUGUGAUGUAUGUUCCAAAACAUAUACAACUAAACACAUUCUUGCAUCUCAUAAGCUUGUUCAUAGUAGAAAGUAAAUCGGAUGGAAAGAAUUCCCUCAAUAUUCAAGUCAAGUAACACAAGAAUGUAUCAAGACUUUUUGUUCUUCAAUAUAACAUAUUUUUAUAUUCAAGUUGAAUUAAAUGGACAACAUUAUCUUGCUUUGGAUUUAUCCCGUUCAGUACUAUCCUUUAAUUGAGUUAUUUAGUACAAUACUUAAGUACUAUGCUUGUUUUUGAGUUAUGUAGU